CCUUUUCAUUUCUCUCGAUCCAACCCCUUCUCCUCAUCUCCCUCCGAGCCUCGUUGCCUCCCUCGACGACCAAACCCUAACCCUAGAUCCCUCCCCAGCUCCCAAACCUUGGGGCGGAAAUGGCGACCCGCAACCUCCUCGCCCUCGGCCGCCGCUCCCGCGCCCGAUCCCCGCUUCUCCUCCUCCCCUCCCGAUACGCCUCCACCGCCGUCGCCCCUGCCGCCGCCGAGUCCGCCGCCGCCGCCGAGCUCCCCACCCGCCCCCCGGUGAUGCCCUACGACCGCCUCGUCGAGACCGUGAAGGCCAAGAUCAAGCGCCUCGACAACCCCGACCCCCGCUUCCUCCGCUACGCCUCCCCGAUCCCGGCCCUCGCCGACCACUCCCCGAUCCUCGCCGCCCCGGAGACCCGGGUCACCACCCUCCCCAACGGCCUCCGCGUCGCCACCGAGUCCUCGCUCGCCGCGCGCACCGCCACCGUCGGCGUCUGGAUCGACGCCGGGAGCCGGUUCGAGACCGAAGAGACCAACGGCACCGCCCACUUCCUCGAGCACAUGAUCUUCAAGGGCACCGCGGAUCGGACGGUGCGGCAGCUCGAGGAGGAGAUCGAGAACAUGGGAGGGCACCUCAACGCCUACACGUCCAGGGAGCAGACCACCUACUACGCCAAGGUCCUCGACAAGGACGUCCCCAAGGCGCUUGAUAUCCUCGCCGACAUACUCCAGAACUCGAGCUUCGACGAGGGGCGGAUCAAUCGGGAGCGCGACGUCAUCCUCCGGGAGAUGGAGGAGGUCGAAGGGCAAACUGAAGAAGUAAUCUUUGAUCAUUUGCAUGCAACUGCAUUCCAGUAUACUCCUUUGGGGAGGACUAUCCUGGGGCCUGCUCAAAACAUCAAGACGAUCACGAAAGAGCACCUCAAGAACUACAUCUCAACUCAUUAUACUGCUCCUAGAAUGGUUAUUGCUGCAUCUGGUGCUGUCAAGCAUGAAGAGUUAGUUGAGCAGGUGAAGAAAUUGUUUACAAAGCUCUCAGCUGAUCCUACUACGGCAUCUCAGUUGGUUGCAAAGGAGCCAGCUUUCUUUACUGGAUCGGAGGUUCGGAUUAUCGACGAUGAUAUUCCGCUUGCGCAAUUUGCUGUUGCUUUCCAGGGAGCAUCCUGGACUGACCCUGAUUCUAUUGCUUUGAUGGUCAUGCAAUCUAUGCUAGGUUCUUGGAACAAAAAUGCUGGUGGAGGAAAGCACAUGGGUUCAGAGCUUGUACAAAGGAUUGCAAUUAAUGAUAUAGCUGAGAGCAUGAUGGCAUUCAACACCAACUAUAAGGAUAUUGGCCUGUUUGGUGUUUAUGCUGUUGCUAAGCCUGACUGCUUGGAUGAUUUAGCUUGGGCUAUUAUGCAUGAAAUAAGCAAGUUGUCCUACCGUGUUUCAGAAGAUGACGUUACCCGUGCUCGCAAUCAGCUGAAAUCUUCUCUUCAACUUCACAUUGAUGGUACAAGCCCUGUCGCUGAGGAUAUUGGUCGUCAGCUUCUUACCUAUGGUCGAAGAAUCCCUGUGGCUGAGCUUUUUGCAAGGAUUGAUGCAGUUGAUGCAAGCACCGUCAAGCGUGUCGCAAACCGCUUCAUAUUUGACCAGGAUGUUGCAGUUGCCGCAAUGGGGCCAAUUCAGAGUCUCCCUGACUACAAUUGGUUCAGGCGCCGGACCUACAUGCUCCGCUACUAGGCCAACUAUUAUGUUUCUUUUUUGUGUUUACUUGGACUAGAGAUAACGAUCCUGGAUUUGAUUUCUCUCCACUAUAUCAUGGUUGCAUCUAUGCGGAUUAAAUCAUCUCAAUGGUGCAAUUUUGAGUCUUUCUUUUCUUUAAUAUUAUUUUCCUUAUGUAAAAUCGCCGAUUUCUGUCAAUAAUAAGCAUCCACUGACUUGGUUACUUUAUAAUUGCCAAUGACAAAUUACUGAACCAUGAUUCAUAA